ACUUUGAAGGUUUGGAGACGGAAGUCGUAUUGUUUUUGCUGCUGGGGUCAAACUGAUGUGUGACAUGUUAAAGCGGAUUGUUUAACAGCAGAAUGAUGCUCAACAUUGUGGAGAGUGACAUUUAGGGACGUUUUAAUAGUUAAUGUUGCUGUUAGUUGGUGGAUUUGAGUUUAACGGCGCAGAAAUAUGCAGCUUUGACAACUCCAAUUCUUCAUGUCUGGAAGCUGAUUGGCUGAGUUAAACGUCGGCUCACCGUUUGCCAAGAAAAACAAUUGAAGACAGAGUGCUGUCUCCUCUCUCACAGUGCAGCUGUGUAUUUACAGGUGCAGCUCCGAUAUGACUAAGAGAAGCCCAUCUCUCCAGCUUGUCAAAAGAGGUACAGAUGAACAUUCCCAUUCCGAAAUGUGACAGGAUGCUGAACCAUCACUGCAGAAGGAACCCUGAGCUUCAUGAGGAGCUCCAGAUCCAGGCUGCAGUGGCAGCGGGAGAUGUCUGCACCGUCAGGAGAAUGCUCGAGCAAGGAUACUCCCCUAAGAUCCGGGAUGCCAACGGCUGGACACUACUCCACUUCUCUGCUGCCAAAGGAAAAGAGAGAUGUGUUCGAGUCUUUCUUGAGCACGGAGCUGACCCCACAGUGAAAGACUUUAUCGGUGGCUUCACAGCACUUCACUAUGCCGCUAUGCAUGGCAGAGCGCGUAUCGCCCGACUCAUGCUGGAAUCGGAGUUUCGCAGUGACAUUAUAAACGCAAAAAGCAAUGAUGGCUGGACGCCACUGCACGUGGCCGCCCACUACGGCCGCGACUCGUUUGUACGUCUCCUCCUCGAGUUCAGGGCCGAGGUGGAUCCGCUGAGCGACAAAGGGACUACACCACUACAGUUGGCCAUCAUCCGUGAGCGCUCCAGCUGUGUACGGAUCCUACUGGACCACAGUGCCAAUAUUGACAUUCAAAACGGCUUCCUGUUGCGAUACGCUGUCAUCAAAGGCAAUCACUCGUACUGCCGCAUGUUCCUGCAGAGGGGAGCGGACACUAAUCUCGGACGUCUUGAAGAUGGCCAGACCCCCUUGCACCUGUCUGCCCUCAGGGAUGAUGUGCUGUGCGCCGAGAUGCUCUACACCUACGGGGCUGAUACAAACACCAGGAAUUACGAGGGCCAGACACCAGUAGCUGUGUCUGUUAGCAUGUCUGGGAUCAGCCGGCCUUGUCUGGACUUCCUACAGGAUGUCACCAGACAACCUCGGACUCUACAAGACUUGUGUCGAAUAAAAAUCCGUCACUGCAUUGGGCUCCAAAGCUUAAAAUUGUUGGAGGAUCUACCAAUUGCAAAGGUUAUGAAAGACUAUUUAAAACACAAGUUUGACAAUGUGUGAAGGCAACAACAAUAUAAUGGUGACUAAAGCUCUCUGCUAUCAUGUAUAAAGACUAUGCAAUCACUAUGCUCUUUGUCUGGAAGGAAUGUCCACAGGUCUGUUGUGUACAUGCUGAAGGAAGGAUAGUUCAUCUAGUUUGGUCGUCCAGAGUUUUGUGCCCGCUUUCCAUUUGAGUCUUUUUUACAUUUCUAACAGUGACUGAAAAAUGGAAAAGGACCCACUAGCGAGCUAAGGUAAUGGUGUGUUUUGGAAAAAAGAAAACCUCAUUUGACAGAUAGCAUUGUUACUACAGUUAGCAUUAUAAACAUUUAUGUUGUUACUGUAAACAUGUGCGUUAUGUUAUCCUCACUGGGUCUGAUUGUCAUCAAGUGCAUACUUGCCAAUUAGUCUUUUUAUACUAUAAUAGGCUAAACUCAAAUUUUAGCAGUUAUGAUUUUCUUUUUGUCUCAAAAUUAGCAAAGAUUUGAGCUACUUGAAAAAUGAUAGCUUAAAAGAAACACUUAACAUGACAAGGUACACUCCCUGAUUUUGUUUUAUCACCCAAUAGUGACUCUACUUCCCAUAAUAACCUGGUUUCAAACCUGUUAUUCACUACCAACAUCUCCAAUUGUUCAUAAUUUUUAGGCAAAUAGCACUCAUGUUGUGCCCCUUUGAAGGGUGGGGGGGUCAACUUUUUCUCUAGUGCGUAAAGGGGGCGUGCUUCAGUGUAAUAAAACUGUAAAACUGUAUACACAUUUUUUAAAUUGAGUUCUCAAAUGACCUGAUUGAUCAGUCAAAUCCAUUAUAGCAGUUCAUGGGGCGUGUACCACACAACAACCUUUGUUGUCAGGGGUCAACAAUGUAUUCUAGAACAAAACUGCCAGCAAGUCAGAAACACACACACACACACACACACACACACACACACACACACACACACACA